AUGGCCGUUGAUUUGAUGGGAUACGCGAAGAUGGACGAUCAGAUGGCGAUCCAAGAGGCGGCGACGGCGGGGAUUCGAGGGAUGGAGCAUUUGAUCUUCCAGCUAAGCCAGCAGAAAUCUCAGUUCGAUUGCAGAGAGAUCACCGACCACACCGUUUCAAAGUUCAAGAAGAUGAUCUCGAUCUUGAACCGAACUGGCCACGCCCGGUUCAGCUUCACGAAGCCGAAGACAGCGGCGAGAUCGCGACGAUGGAACAGCCAAUACCUCGAAGGAUACGAGCCAAUUCCAGCCAUCCGUCCGCGAACUCCCUCGUUUUUGUCGUCGAUCACCGGAGAUGGUAGCGUUUCGAAUUGGCAAAAGAACGGGUCGUCGAUGCUACUCCCUCCUCUGCCUCCUGCCGAACGAGCCGUCUCCGCCGGGAACCGCCGCUGUCGGACCAUCAUUCACAGCCACGGCACUGAGAUGGCCGGGAGCUUCUCGGCCUCUGGUGGUCGCUGCCACUGCUCGAAGAAAAGAAAAUCUCGUGUGAAGAGAACUAUACGAGUACCGGCGAAAAGUUCUAAGGUGGCUGAUAUUCCCUCCGACGAGUUCUCGUGGAGGAAGUACGGUCAGAAGCCGAUCAAAGGAUCCCCUUAUCCUCGGGGUUAUUACAAGUGCAGCAGUAUGAGGGGAUGCCCGGCUCGAAAGCACGUGGAGAGAGCUCCCGAUGAUCCCUCAAUGCUCAUCGUCACCUACGAAGGCGAGCACCGCCACACUCACAGUCCGAUCCCCGAUGCACUAAUCUUAAAGCAAUCAGAGUGAUCUAGGCCGUCGAUCUUUGUUCUCUUUCUCUCUCUCUCUCCCCUUUUUUUUUUGGCUUUCCCCCCUCUGUUCGGACUGCAGAGGUUUAGACUUUGUAAAAAGGAAAAAUUGCGGGAAGCGAAAAGUAAAAACCAAAAUUUUAAGCUAUUUUGACUGGAAGAGAUUUGUCUUUUA